CGGCCUCCCCCGCGCGCUCCCUCCUUCGCUCAACUCCCCCUCCUCCCCGCACACCCCCCCUUCUUCCCGAGCCGGUCUCCCUGUGAAGACGCCAAAAUGGCGGCCAGUAACUACUACGGGUUUGCAGCCGGCGCCGUCGCCGGCCCUCAAUACAGUGCCCAGCCUGCUCCAGCAUACACCCACCCGCCCACAGUAGCAAGCUACACAGUCCAGCAGACACCGGGAGUGGACCACACUGUGACGCCCACCUAUGCCCCAGCUGUGCAGGCUGCCAGGCCCGUGGCUUCAGCAUAUGGAGGCUACCAGACUCACGCCACACAGGACUAUGGCUAUGGGGCACGGCAGCCAGAACCUGCCCCUCAGCCUGCUGCAGCACAGAACUAUCAGGAUGGCUACACUUACGGCCGUUCCCCGUCCGCGAGCAGCUACGAGACCAAACCCUACUACCCGGCGGUGGUCACGCAGUCCCAGCAUCCAGCCACGGACUCAUACUACCACUCAAACUCCCAGAGCACCUACAGCCAGCCUACCGCCGUGUACGGCCAAAGCCAGCCCCAGAGGCAAGUGACUCCCAUUAAGCCGGUGCAGACUGUGAACGCUCCGUCAUCCGCCUACAGCACAUACCCGACCGUGACAACGGGCCAGCAGAACGCCUCUGCCGCCUCCAUCCAGUCAUACACCCCUUCCUCCUCCUCGUACGCCUCUUCCACGUACAACUCCUCUCCUGUUUCUUACUCCGGGUCAAACUACUCCACCUACGAUCCAGCUGCUGGGUACACGGCGGCCAACACCUCUUACUACCAGCCUGCUCAGCAGCCCCUCGUGCAGCCCUUGCCGCAGCAGCCACCCCCAACGCAGCAACAGCCCCCUCCAACGCAGCCACCGAAGCCUAUGCAGGGCUCUAUGUGGAGCGGUGGCGGUGGCAACUCUGCCCCAAGUGGCGGCUACAGCAAGAAGCCACCGUUUACGCCCAGGCUGCUGAAACUCAAAGGCCCUCCCAAACAGCCUCAGCUCCACUACUGCGAGAUAUGCAAGAUCAGCUGCGCCGGCCCCCAGACUUAUCGGGAGCAUUUAGAAGGACAGAAGCACAAAAAGAAGGAGGGGGCGUUGAAGACGGGGAACCAGGCUGGCGGUGGGCCCCGCGGGAUCCAGACCCAACUCUACUGCGAGCUCUGUGACGUGUCUUGCACCGGAGCAGAUGCUUACGCGGCCCACAUCCGAGGAGCCAAGCACCAGAAGGUGGUCAAGCUGCACACAAAAUUGGGGAAGCCCAUUCCUUCCAUUGAGCCUGUGGUAGUCAACUCGUCAGGCCCGGCCAACGGUUCAGCCAGCAAACCAACUCUCCAUACCACCGCACUGACCAAGCAAGCUCCGGGGGUAACGAACAGCACACUUGGCUCAAACAAGGCGACGCCGGCAAAGAAACCCUUCGUUGCCACCAAGUUGGCAUUUGCAGGAGCCAGCAAGCUGCCAGCGACCAGUGCAAAACAGGCGGCGGCAGCAAAAGGGGCAUCUCCCAAAGUGGGGCUUCCAGCCGAGCAGUCGUCACUCGAUGGGGACGGUUCAGGAAUGCUGCUUGAUGUGAACCCUGUAGGUUACGAUUACGUGGAAGAGGUACACAACGAGGAAGGGAAGAUGAUCCGUUUCCACUGCAAGCUUUGCGAGUGCAGCUUCAACGAUCCCAACGCCAAGGACAUGCACCUGAAGGGGCGGCGGCACAGGAUCCAGUACAAGAAGAAGGUCAACCCCGACCUCCCCGUGGAGAUCAAGCCCAGCAACCGUCUCCGGAAGCUGCAUGAGGAGAAGCUGCUGAAGAAGCAGCAGCUGAAAGCCCUGGUGAAGAGGCGCCGAGAAGAGGAGCAGCGCUGGCACCUGGAGAUGAGGCGCUACGAAGAGGAGAUGUACUGGCGGAGAGUGGAGGAAGAGCAGCUGUACUGGGAGGAGCAGCAGCGGCGGCGCCUGGCUGCAGACUGGCGUCCCCCGCCUCUCAUGGGCAGGCCAGGGGUGCCGGUGCCCCCUCUCGUGCCCACCCGGCGGCCAGUCUCUUCUGACGACCGGCACAUCAUGACGAAGCACUCCAGCAUCUACCCAACGGAGGAAGAGCUGCAGGCCAUUCAGACGGUGGUGUCUCACUCUGAGCGCGCCCUGAGGCUCGUCUCUGACUGGCUGACGGAACAAGAGUCCGGGAAAGAGGAAGGGAAUAAAGAACCAGGGAAGAGUGAAAGCUGGCCCCGGGUGCUGAAAGGGGUGCUGAGAGUUGGCAUCUUGGCCAAAGGGCUGCUGCUCCGCGGGGACAGGAACGUGCACCUCAUCCUGCUGUCGGCCCGGAAGCCGACUCUGACUCUCCUCCAGAGCAUCGCUGAGCAGCUGCCUGAACAGCUGGGGAAGGUGACAAAGGACAGUUACGAAGUUGUCUCCAAUGUGGAGGAAGCCAGUAUCGUCAUUGCCUCGUCCAAGGACCCCAAAAUGCAAGCGACGGUGUCGCUUACCUGUCCUCUGAUGAGAGAAGAGGCUUCUGCUGCUGAGUCUGCUGACCCAGAGGUGUUGCCGGAAGCUGAGCUUGAGCCGUCAGAUGUUUUGGAUAAGCAGAAGUGCCAGGAGUCGCUGGCUGCUCUUCGCCACGCGAAAUGGUUCCAGGCCCGAGCGAACGGUCUGCAGUCGUGUGUCAUCAUCAUCAGGGUGUUGCGGGACCUGUGCCAGCGUGUGCCAACGUGGGGCGCUCUUCCGGAUUGGGCCAUGGAACUCCUGGUUGAAAGGGCUCUGAGCAGCGCUACGGGGCCGCUGGGUCCCGGCGAGGCUAUGCGGCGUGUCCUUGAGUGCAUCGCCGCCGGAAUGCUCCUGUCAGAUGGCCCCGGGCUUCAGGACCCCUGCGAGAAGGAGGCGACAGACGUCUUGCAGAGCAUGAGCCAGCAGGCGCGGGAGGACAUCACGGCCAGCAGCCAGCACGCCCUGCGGAUGAUGGCUUUCCGUCAGGUCCACAAAGUGCUUGGCAUGGAGCCCUUACCAUCGCCCAAAAAUCGGCCUGGCAUUCACGGCCGGAAAAGGCGUCUGGACACGGACGAGGAAAUGCCGGAAGAAGGGGACGGGAAGAAGGAUAAGAAAGAUGAGAACGACGGGGCCUAACCACUGUUGCGGGAUUGGCUAAGCCAAUGUUUCACCUGACUUUUUAUAUAUAUAAAUAUAUAUGAAAAUACAUUGCGUUGCUGUUUAGGCGAAAA